GAUCGGCUGAUUUUUGAAUAAUCAAGCUCUUCUAUCUCAGAUAAACAAUUUUAUUAUGUGACAAUUAGUUAUUCUAAAAUACUGAAAUUAAUAAUUAUGAAUCAAGAUUAUCGUUUUAGAGUUAUGGUCACUGCAGGUUUAUCGCUCCUUGCUUUAUUGUUGGCUGGUUUAAUAUUGCUGCUCGUAUAUCGUAAGUGUCGUGAUUUGCAUGCCAUAAUUGUUAUCAACUGAACAGCACGCUAACUUAAUUUAGUAACCGCAUUAAACUGCAGUAUUUAGUAACUGCAUUAAAUGAAGCCUAAUUAUUUAAUUUUGAAUACCAGUAAUUAGACCAGUUUUUUUCAAAAACAUAUACCUGUUAGUGAGUUUUACAAUUACAGUAUUAUUGGUUUUGGACUAACAACCAUUGCAAAUUGAGAAAUUUGUUAUGCUAUUUCUACAGAUGUAAGCUUAUAAGUUUGGCUUGUUUUCUGUCGUACAGCAGUCUCCCCCCAAGUGGGACCCCCACCGAAUUCCCCGCUUGCUAAAUCCGCUCGCUUAGUGAUGUUACAGGGUUGGCGAGCUAAUUCGGACACAGGCAACUACAUUUUCAACGAUGUCACCAAGACCACGGAUGACUGCAUUGAGAAAUGCCGGCAAGCAUGGGACUGCCGGCUGGUGACCUUUAAUUUGAACGAAAAACGCUGUUGGGGCAUGGCCAGCACGGUUAGCGUCCGCUUCAGCCGUGAUCCGGCGCAUGUUCUUUUGGCGGACAGUGCGAAAGUGUUCGUCAAGAAGACAGGAACCAUGUACGCGGGAAACAACAUCAUGGUGGGCAACCAGCGCGCCGCCGAUGACACCUGGGAUGACGUGAUUUGUAUGACGCUGUGCCACAUUCACCCGCGAUGCAAUGUUAUCGAUUACAAUACUGUUAUUGGAUGGUGUCGAUUGAAGGAGAAAUAUGCACUUAACCCGAAAAUGGAUUCGGCACAUAUUUCUUACAUUUCAUGAUUUUUAAUUUUACGUGUUCAAUGUCGUAAUCAUAAUAAUUCUGUGCCUUUUAUAAGGCGUCGGCUUUUUACAUGUUAAUGUAUAAUUGCAUUUCAAAGAAGAAAAGGCACAUGAAUCAUUGUGGACGAAUAUUAGUAGUACAUUUAAAUCCGAUACGGCAAUCCGCUUAAACAUCAAA